AGAGCCAAGCUUCCUGUCCUGCUCACCUUGGAGACACAUCUCGCAGUGAACAUCUGCUCUCCCACCUCCAGGCCCAGCAACAGUUUAGCGCUGGUGAGCGCAGUCUCUGGGCAGGAAAAAGAAACCCGUAGGUACAAAACGCAGUGAUGUAUAACAAUGUAUAACUGGUCUAAGAGUGCCGAAUGCUUUGCACAGCCAUGCGCACCAGUUCGUUGCCUUGACUCGGGCCAAACGCUGGCAUCUGCUGAAAUGUGGUUUCAAAUGUGAAAAAUGGCAAAUGAAACUGGCCAAGGGGAGUACAGUUUAUACCAGCUGCAAAACAAUUUGUUGACCAACAGAAAAACAGUGAACUCGUUGGGGAAACGAAGGGAGAAGAAAACAGAGUGGGCUUCUGUUGCCAUCUCUGCAAGACAUCCAAACAUAGUAUUUUGUGUACAUAAUUGUUUGACUGGUUUGUUAUCUUGCCUGGAAUGACAGUCAGCACUGAGUGCUUGAAAUGAAGGGGUGAGAAGCUCUGAAGUGGAUGUUUACAGAAUAACCUUCCCAUCAGGGGAGUUUCUCUCUAACGCAGACAGUUUGUAGCUGGUUUAUGUCCUGAAGCAUGAAAAGGGAUUGCAGUGGUGGAACAGGAUUAGAUUUUAGGAAGGAUUGGCUCUCAGAUCUGAGAGUAAAAAGAAGACUCCUGUAUUAGAAAUAGGAAGCUGGCAGAAAAACAAAAUACUGAAGUAGGGUGACUUACUACCACCAAAAGUGUUGUUAAAAAAAAAGCAAAGACAGACUUGUACAGACAAAUUGGUGCGCAGAAAUGAACCUAAAUGAAGUCAGCUAUUGGAAACAAGAUAGCAAUUAUCUACCUAAUGACUGAUUUUCUUCUUCUAAUAUUUCUUUUCCAAGGAAAUUUCUCAAAGAGCUUAAAGGUAAUGAAAAUGUUAAAGUGACAGCUCAGACUGACAUAGAGGACUAGGUAGAGAAACAAUAUGUAGAAAUCUCUGUCAAGCUAAAUGAUGACAGUCCUAUAGGCAUGCAGGAGUUAGUGGCAAAGUCCAGGAUUUGGUUAUUUUUUAAGUAUCUUGACAAACUAGGGAGGGUUCCAGAGGACUAAGAAAAAGCAAGUGCUUUACUAGUCUUUGAGCAGAGAGUAAAGAGGCAGUGAUCUUGGCAAUUAUCAUCCUUUCAGAGUAACUUCUGUUCCUGGUGACACGAUGGAAUAAAAUGAGGCAGUAAAAAAAACAACAAAACAAAACCAAAACAGAACAAAAAUUCCACCAAUGGGUAAGAGAUCUACGAGCCAUAAGCAGCAGGAUGGAUUUAUAGAGAACAAAUCACAUCAGACAAACAUGAUUACUUUCUUUCAUAGAAUUUACAAAAUUAGUGAAGAGAUUGUCACAAACAUCAUAUACCUGAGCUUCAGCAGCACCUCUGAUGCCCUGACUUGAAAACGAACUGGUGUUGGCUUGAACGUCAGUGCAGUCGGCUGGGUUAAAGAAAAAAAACAGCAGCCAGCAAAACAAAGGUGGAAGAGUGGAAAUAAAAAGGAAUGCUAGGCAGAAGUGGAUGUUGGCAGGGUCACAGCUGGCUUUACUCUGAUGGCUGCUAGUGCUGUGUAAAACAGGACGAGAAGAGGUACAAGGCUCGAGGAGAGAUGAGGCGGUGAUGUAGGAGAUAACUGUAAUUGUGCACGUCAGGUUGGAAAUUAGUUACAGCAGCGAAAUGGAGGACUUUGAGUACUGAGUUUAUUAAAAGAAAAACACACACACACCCCCAAAAAAAAGGGGGGGGACACAACUAAAGGGUAAGUCUAUUGCGAAGGCUGCCCCGUUAGCAGGUAACUGGUCUGCAGCGGCUCCGACAGCGGAGCGCAAACCGGUACCGAGAAGCCACCAACACGCUGGCGUUCCCGGUCUGAGAGGCGGGGCGGAGCUCUGCAGGCCGGGAGGCCGCCGUGCGGCUCGCAGCGGCCUCUCGGCCGGGCCAACCCUCGCCCGCCCCGCCGCCGCCAGACCCGCCCUGCAGGCGGGGCGGCCGAGGAGGAAGUGGCCCGGGGAGGCCGGAAGCGCCGGUGACGAGGGGGUGCGGAGCGGGACGCUGGGCGGUGAGCGGGGUGGCGGCAUUGCCAAUGGAUGAACUGGUGCAUGACCUGGCCUCAGCCUUAGAGCAAACUUCAGAACAAAACAAACUAGGGGAGCUAUGGGAAGAGAUGGCCCUAAGUCCACGGCAGCAGCGGCGGCAGCUUCGCAAGAGACGGGGUCGUAAACGACGCUCAGACUUCACACAUCAGGCAGAGCAUGCCUGCUGCUACAGUGAGGCCUCAGAGUCAAGCUUGGACGAAGCUGUCAAGGAUUGCCGUGAGGUGCUGACAGCCAAUUUUAGUGACUCUGAUGACAUGGCAGUGGCCAAACGACACCCAGCUCUCAGUGCCACUCUGAGGAGCAAGCAACACUCGUGGCAUGAGUCAGACUCCUUUACAGAGAAUGCACCCUGUCGACCUCUCAGGCGCCGACGGAAAGUGAAACGUGUGACAUCUGAGGUGGCUGCCAGUCUCCAGCAAAAGCUCAGGGUGUCAGAGUGGAACUAUGAGAGGGGCUGCAGGUUCAAGUCAGCCAAGAAACAGCGUCUUUCACGCUGGAAAGAAAAUACUCCUUGGACAUCAUCCAGUCAUGGCUGUCGUGAAUCAGGAGAGAACAGGCCCUUCCUCAGCAAAGGUGGAAGGAAGGAGCGGAUGGAGUGUGAAGCAGAUGAGCAGAAACAGGGCUCAGAUGAAAACAUGUCAGAAUGUGAAACCAGCAGUGUAUGCAGCAGCAGUGAUGCUGGCCUGUUCACCAACGAUGAGGGCCGCCAAGGAGAUGAUGAGCAAAGUGAUUGGUUUUAUGAAGGAGAAUGUGUUCCAGGAUUCACUGUACCAAAUCUUCUUCCCAAGUGGGGAGCUGACCACCGAUCUGAGGUGGAGCAUAUUGAUUCAGGCCUUGACAAGCUCUCAGAUUCCACAUUCCUGUUGCCAUCACGGCCAGCUCAGAGAGGAUUUCAUGCUCGCCUGAAUCGCCUUCCUGGAGCUGCUGCCCGUUGUCUCCGAAGAGGUCGGAGGAGGCUUGUUGGCAAGGAGACCUCCAUGAGCACUCUUGGCACCGAGAGGCUAGGUCAUAUUGUUAGUGAUCCACGCCAGAAAGAUUUUUGGUUACCAUCCAUGGGGAAGAGAGAUCGCAACCAGUUCAAUCCACUGUCUCCUCUGUACUCUCUGGAUGUGCUUGCUGAUGCUUCCCACCGAAGAUGCUCACCAGCACACUGCACUGCCAGGCAAGCAAAUGUACACCUGGGACCACCAUGUUCAAGGGACAUCAAGAGGAAGCGAAAGCCAGCAGCAGCCUCCAUAUCCAGCCCAACAUCAGCAACUUUAUCUGCCCACAUGGAUGCAGCAGAGUCAGAGCUACCAGCAACACCAUCGCAGAGAUCCCAGAACUCUGAGUGGACAGGGAAGGUGCCAGCAGCCGAGAAAGCCACUGUUGCUGCCUCCUCUAACUUUUUUAAAAUGCCUCCAGAGAAGAGCCCUGGAUACAGCUAAAAGAAAACACUGCAACUGUCAGAGCUUGCUGGAUUUGGGAAGUAUUUGACUCUGGUGUGUGUCUUCACCAAACAUCUUGUUUGGCAACGGUAUCUUCAGUAUUGGUGUGUGAUGUGUGCCAUCAUCCAGACUGAGCCGUAUGGCCCACGUACCUAAAUCACAUUUGGGAAUCUAUGUUUAAAACAAAGGAUAAUCAACAUUGAGACUGCAGUGGCUUUUAAAUGUGUUCUUGCUGUUGCUGUAUUUAUUAUACAUUCAUCUCCUUUCCUGAUGCCAGCUCAUGUGUGCUGGGUCAUGUACAGGUUCUUUUGGAUUUUUAGAUCUUUAUUUACUCCUGGACACGUUGCUUGUUUGUGCAUUUAGUGUUUUUUGGGUUGAAGUCCCAUGGCUGCUCAGGGAGGCAAAAGUCUCCCCACGCUUUCUUUCUAGGCCAGGAGAGUUUCUUGGCUGGGGAAUGAGGAGAGAAUGUAAACAAGUUGAAACAUGGAAGCUGAAUUCUGUGUUUGCGGAAUAUUUUCAGGCCAUGUGCUAGUGGACUUGAAUCAUGUUGUUCCUAGUGAAGCAAAUACUCUGCUUGUCCACUCAGAAAUUGCCGUUUGCUCACUAGUGGCAUGGUCCAUUAGACUCUUUCCUUCUCUCUUGUUCUGAAUGUCUUUACUCUUGCUCUUGUAAUGCAUGUUCUUUCCCGAAAGUCCUACUGAAUAAGGAUGUGGGAGGACUACUUGGACAUAAAUGUGCAAGCUAGUAACCUGGAAGUGAACCUGAGCCCUUGGAUAUCCUUGGGGUGUUGCAGAGGGUACACCAACCUUCAAGUUCUUGGUGUAAAAAUCAAAACAUUUCCGUUAGUGUUUCUGGAGGAUGCACACCAUUGAACGUAUUGGUGAUCAAACAAGUCCUUUGAAGUUUCACCUGAGUUCAGAGCAUUUGGGGUAUUGAGCAAUCAUGUCUGUCUCAUGUUUUGCCUUCCUUCAAAAAGUAUUGUCUGCUACAUCUACUGGAUGUAUCUCCACCUACUGAUGAUUGUACUUCACUCUGCGGCAUACACCAAAGAUGUAUGCUCUUCUCUUUGUUACUCUUCAACUUGGUCUCCUACUACCUUCUGUGUUGCAGAAUGUAGUGAUUCCCUCCUGCUCUUUUCAUUAGUUCUUGAUCACACUUCACUCACCUUUCUUGAAUUACUCUGUCCGGAGAUUAUUUUGGGCUGCAUUAUUAGAAUAUAUACCUGCAUAGCAUGUGUCAAAGAACAGGUGGCCUCAUAGCUGCUCAAGUCCUUGAUAUAUUUGUAUAUAGAACUCUUUUUUUCUUUCCUUACUGGAUGGAGCUUUCAGACAGGACUUUUCAGGCUGGUAAAAUUCAUUUUGUAUGUGGAGAUGCAGUUAGCACUCUUAAGUAGGUAACAAAAUUUGCAUGUGAUUUGCUCUCCCUUAUAAAUCAAAUAGCUGAGGGUUAGAUUUGAUUGUGAGGAUACAAAGCAGUGAUUUGUAUUUACCUAUUAAAAUGUUAAAUGGUCAUAACAUACACAAAAAUUGAAUGACUCAUUAAAUCAUGAUUGACAAUUACAGUUAUAUUACAGACACAUUGUCCCUGUCUGAUCCCCUAAUACCUACUUUUUUUGGGGGAGAGAUUCAAAUUGUAUUUGUAUUUCAUAGCCCAGACAAACUGUCAGAUCUGUCCAUGUAAAUCCCUCUCACAACCUUGUUUUUGUUUUUGUUUUUCCAGAGCUAAUUAGAAUAUGGAAAGCCUUUCUACCUUGCUGAAGGAGCAGAGAGACCAGUCUGAAUUAUGAGACAAGCUGUAAGGGUUUUUGGAGAGAGGAGGUCUUCCCUUCCUUUAAAGGUUGAAUAUACCUGUGGCAGUACUGAAGCAUAACUAGCAGACCUUAUCUUGGUAAGACAUACUUCCUGCCACAAGAGCUUUCUGGAAGGGCCAGGAGACUCAAGUUCUUGAGCUGCCCUGCCUUUCCUAUUACUAGUUUAGAAUCCAUUUGCAGGUCAGUCAAGCUCUCCACCAAAUUGAUUCUGCUGAGUGAUAGACAAAUAUAUCUUGUUACUCCAGGGUAUUUAUCAGAAUUCAUCUUCAGACUUCAGUAGCUUGAUACAGAUUUGAAUCUUUGCAGCGUUCUUAGAUGAAUUAACUACGUGCAUUUUUUUUGUCUUGUCUAAGUCAGGUUUGUUAGAACUCACACAGUACUCACAUUACUUGCAGUGAAGGACACAGACCUUCAGAUGUAGUUUGCUUGAGUAGAAAGGAAUAAUAAAUAAUGUGCCUUGAUUUGGUAGCUGCGCUUCUGCUAAGGUGGUCCAGUGUGUGAUUAUUGCUUCAAAGAUACACAGCUUGUUCAUAUUCCACUCACUCAGGAAGCUAGUUAGCGGUGUCCCCGAGGAAUCUGCUUUUGAGGGUUUAGCGGUCCAUGAGUGCUGGUCCAGUUUGAAGAACUGCCUUUUAAAAGCACAAAUGGAGGCAAUCCCUUUGUGCCAAAAGUCAAACAAGUGGCACAGAAGAACUCCUUUUGGAACCCAGGAGGAAAAGGAAUUGUAUGAUCUCUGGAAGCAAGGGCAGGCUUUGCAGGAAGAUUACAGAGCUGCAUUUUACAUAUGCAGGGACAAAACAUCAAAGGCCUGAGCUUAAUUAAACUUAAAACUGUAUGAUGUUGUGUCAGACAGCAAGAAAGGUUUUUAUGAAGUACUUUUAAUAGCAAGAGGAGGUCUGAAGAAAGCAUUGGACCAAUACUUAAUGAAAAUGGCCACCUUACAAAUCAGGACGAAGUAAAAAUGGAGGGAUUCAAUGUUUGCUUGUUUUUGACUCAAUCUCUAAUAAGACUGACAGAUCUUGGGCUGCCCAAUCCUCUGAAUUGGAGGACCAUGGCUGCAGGAACAGUGACCUUGUGUUUAUGGACACUGAAACUGUAAUGGUAACAGCUGUAUCAGUUAAAUGUUCAUGAGGCCAGAUGGGAAUAAUUCAGAGUACAACAGAAGCCAGUGGAUGUUACAUCAGAACCUCACCUAUCAAAGGUCGUGGGAGUCUAGGGGGAUUCCUCCUGACUGGAAGCUGGACAGUGUUGUUCCAAUUUACAUGAAGGUUGUGAAGAAAGACCCAAGAAACUACAGAACUGUUAAUCUAACCUCAGUACCUGGAAAAAACAGAGAAGAUCUGGCUGCAUGCUAUUGAAAGGCACUGGAAGGACAAUGCAGUGAUUUGGCAUAGUCAACAUUGAUUAACAAAAUGAAAGUCUCGUUUGAUAUCCUCCUAUGAUAAGGUCACCCACCUGGUGCAUGGAGGGAAGGUGGUGAAUAUAGUUUUUCUGGAUUUUAGUAAACCUUUCAGUACUGGUCCUGACAGCAUCCAUCUGGACAAAUUCUCCAGCUGUGAAAUAACCAGAUACGUGGUGUGCUGGGUGACAAACUGACUGAUGACAGGGCUCAAAGGGCUGUGUACAUGAAUGGGGUGGAUGUGGUGGCUGUUGAACAAACAGCAGAAGUGUUCCUCAGGAUUCCAUUCCAGCAACAGUUCUUUUCUGUGUGUUUAUCAGUUAUUUGGAUACAGAAUUUAAAUGCACUGUUAGCAGGUUUGCUGAUGAUACUAAACUAAAAGGUGCAGUUGACACUCUCAAGGAACAAGAGGCCUUUCAAGUGAUUUAGAUAUAUAUGAGCAUGGGGCAAUCAUCAGUGGCAUGAAAUUUAACAAGUCCUGGAUUCUUCACUUGGGACAGAGUAAUGUUGGACACCAGUAUAAAUUGGGAGAGGAGUGACUGGAGAGCAGCCCUGCACAAAGGGAUUUGGGCAUACUGUUUGAGAGCAGGCUUAAUGUAAGUCAGCAGUGUGCCCUAGCAGCCAAGAGGUCAAACUGCAUACUGGGGUGCGUCAAACACAGUAUAACCUGCCAGUCCAAAGAGGAUUUUAUCUCACUGUAUUUAGUAUUGGUGUGGCCUCACCCCAAGUACUGUGUGCUCUUCUGGGACUCAUUGUUUAAAACAAAUGUGAAGAUUUUGGAAUAUGUGUAGAGGAGGGCAACAAAACAGGUGAAAGGGCUGGAAGGCAAGCCCUAUGAGGAGUGGCUGAGGACUGCGGGGUUGUCUAGUUUGGAGAAAAGGACACCGAUGAACACCAGUAUUGCAUGCUCUCUCUCUCUCCAGCUUCCUGAGGAGGGAACUGGAGAGGAAAUUGCUGAGCUCUCCGUGGUAUCCAGUAAUGGGAUGCAUAGGAAUAGUUCAGAAGAGUCACAGGAGAUUCAGACUGAACAUUUGGAAACGCUUUUAUAUAGAGAGGAUGAUUAAAGAGUGGAACAGGCUUCCUAGAGAGGUGGUGAGUUCUCCCUGCCGGUCAGUGUUUGAGGCAUUUGGACAAUGCCCUUAAUAAUAUCCUUUAACUUUUGGUCAACUCUGAAAUAGUCAGGCAGUUGGACUAGAUGAUUGUUGUAGUUCCCUUCCAACUGAACUGUUCUGUUAAUAAACUUUGUAAGGUUUCUUCUUUUAAUUCCUUCAAUUUGUGGGUGUCAAUCCUCCAAUCUGUGGGUGUAUCCAUAGCCUCUAGUAUCUCAGUGGCUGUCCUUGUAAAGCUGCCAUUGUUUCUGAUCUUACUGAGAGUAUGCUCGAUCUCUUUCUAUCAGAUCACUAACGACUGCUGAACACUAUCAGUACUUCUGAGAUGUGGCUUUCAUAACUGGCCAUCACACAGACUUGAACAUCCAUCAUUAUUCUUUGGAACUGACAGUUCAACCCAUUUCUCACUUGUGAUGAAUUAUGCAAAAGUAAUAAUCUGUAUUAAUUUUGAUAUCCAGACAAAGAUUGUUGAUAACUACAAACAUUGUUUAUUAACAUUGAAACUCACCAGAAAACUUAUUCACAAGAUUUGAAAUGCACAGUUUGGAAAUCUAUACACAGGGAACAGGCAAAACCAGAAAACUUAUUUUUCAAAGUGGCAAAUUCAAACAUUAUACUGGAAGAGAAGAUUCCAGCCAACCACCAGCCAAUUCCCAGCGUCGGCUUCCACACAAGUCAGUACAUGUGUGGAAAAGAUGCCUUUUGCUGUUCCCCCUUCAAGCCCACGGGGUGGGGAAGGCAGUUUUCACGCCUUCUUUUUCCCCUUCAAACCUUUGGAGAGAGAGGUGGGGAGAAGGAUUUUGGAAUGCCCUACAAGACUGCAAUGACGAACUUUUGCAAACAGGACUUUAUUCAUGUGCAGGGAGAAGAUGGACAUUUGGUGAAAGAAAUUGAGAGCUAAGAGAAGCACAUUCAGUAGGUCUUUUCACGUUUCCAGUAGUUCUAGUCAGCUCUAGUGAGGUUUAGUGCCCAGUUUGGUAGGUGCUGGAGAAGUGCAAAUUAAAAAGAAUGUAGUUUUUGGGCUGGUGAGCAAAGAAGGCAACAAAACAGUAGCUGGAGAGAAACUAGUAAGAGGCUGUGACAAGUGCUACAGAGUGAUAGAUGAGCUUCAUGAUUGUGACAUGCAGAGGUGUGUCUUGCCAGUGUUCCUGAAUAAUGACACUGAGACACUUAGUGAUGUCCUCUGAACUGUAGAAUCUCAUGCUGUUGCAUUGCAGAUGUGGAGACCUGCUCAGUGGACAGAGGAUGACAAGGGAAACUAGAGGAAAGACAACGAGAAGAGUGAUUGAUUGCCUAUUCUAUUGUAACCCCCUUCUGCACUGAAAAAGGAAGAUGCCACAAAAAAACAAUGUGUGUGUCUGGAUGCUAAAAGGGAAAUACAUUAAGUGAAUAAGAACUUUGCUUUGUUGUCUUGAGGAAUAGUUUUGUAACCAGAGAACAUUUCGUUGAAGCAAAAGUGAAAGGUGAUACUUCUGAUUUGUUCAGGAAAUGUAUUGUAGUAGUCUUUAGGAGACUAUGAAAGGACAUGUUGUCAUUGUGACACUACAUUGUUAUGUCUUUGUCGCCUGCAUUCUCUUCCAAGUGUUCUGAGCUUGAGACAUCCUACUUUUGUACCAUCAAAUACGGGAAAAAUACUUUCACAGAAUCACAGAACCUUAGAGGUUGGAAGGGAUCUCCAGAGAUCAAGUCCAACCCCCCUGCCAAGGCAGGGUCACCUAGGGUAGUUCACCCAGGAAUGCAUCCAAAUGGGCUUUGAAAGUCUUCAGAGAAGAAGACUUGACAAUCUCUCCAGGCAGCCUAUUCCAGUGUUCUAUCACCCUCACCGUAAAGAAGUUUCUCCUCCUGUUGAGGAGUUUCUCCUCAUGUUUACAGCAGUGCUUAAGGUACAAAGAAUAAGGGGCCACUUUCUAUACAGAAAGUAAGACAAGGCAAUCUUACUAACUUUUACCCAGUACAAGAGUCAAAUUCAUCAUAAAGAAUAUAAAGUCUAAAUGAGAACAAAGCUCUGCAAUAGGCAAAUGCAGGGAGUCUAAGCUGUCACCACCAGUGCCUGGAGACUGGUCUGUGGCUGGACCUUGAGUGACAGACUGACAUUGUGGAAACAGAACCUUCAAUAUGCUUCUCAACUUUAAUGUGGUAAAAUGCCUUCUCAGUUGCAAACCUGGCUGGUGGUGUGACUCCAGUAAGCUGACAAAGAUGUGUUAAGUGGCAUACUAAGAAAAGGCAGUUCUUGUACCAGCUCAAAGAAUUGUUAGGAGUGGGAAAUGGACUCACAUACCCUGCUACAUCAGAGGAAGGUGCAAAACACAUAACUUUGCAGUCAGUAAUCAGAAAAAGCAGUAUUGAGCCCUGCAGGUAUGACAUAGAGUAUUCUUAAAGCAGAGUUGCCAGUAUUAUGAAGAUACUUUUGCAAAGCUGCCCUCUUGUAACCUCUGGAAAUGGGAUGAACAGCAUAAGAAAGGUUGCACUGGCUGGGUUUGGAUACCUGGGAGGGUACUGUGAAAACAGAUUAGUUACAUGGUGAUACUUUCUUUUAUGCUCUCUUAGCUAGUGUCCUGUCUCAAAAAGAUUUACCAACUACUUCGUCAAGGCUGGAGGAAACGUUUGCAAACCUUUUGGCUGUAGUACUUAUCCUGCAGCUAGAUUUAAUUAUAUUCUUAGAAGAACAUGUAAUCUGGCUUUAAAAAUAUCAAGUAGGAAUUAGCUUAUCUUUUUUGGUCAUCAGUUUUCUUAUUAACUGUCUUCUUUACAAGAAAGCUGCAUCUUCUCUUAGAAUAUUCUCUUAGAAUAUCAACAUCCUAACAUUGCUUCAAGCUAUGCUUUUUGUUUUCAGUAAGGUGGAAAAAUCACCUGUUGUUCCUUUACAAUUAGGCUUCUCUGUCAUGUAUAAGUACCUAUACUGAGUCAACAAGUCCUUUGUAAUCCAGUAAUCUGUGUAAGUUGUUUUUCAUAAGCCUCACACUGUGAAACUUGUCAUUUAGCAUUCAGUUAUGCUCCUGCAUGAAAAUCCUCGGUGUUCCACAUUCAGUUCUGGUGUCUACACUUAGACUAUUCUUUACAGAAGCAAGAACAUUUGCUUCCCUGUGGGUAUUCAGGCUUCAUAUACUUGUAUAUCCUGAUGUCAUGCUAGCCCUUGCUGCCUCAACACUGCAGUACUGCUACCAUCAAAGUGAUACUCAGUUGGCUCUGAAUCUAAAGUUCUUACCACUGCUUUUCAAUGCACCUGAAUUCGAGUUGGAAAUAAGAUGUGAGCUUUUAACAGCAAGGGCAGUGUUAACCAUUGGAACAAAGUGCUGUGGGAAGCAGUAGCUUCUGUGUAUCUUCAGGCUUCAGCAGCUUUAUGAAAGGAAUGUUGUAACCAGUUAUAAGCCAUUGAAAUAAAUACAGAAGCAUCUAAAAGAUCAGCCUACAGCAAACAAAUUGCUUCUGGGUUAGAACCUCAGAGAAGACAGAAGACUUUUCUACAGUACAGAGAUUUGUUGAAAAAUGGGAAGUGCUUUGGCAAACAUAGAGAAAAGUCAUAGUGAGCGAAGUUUUAUGGUGUUGCCAAAGGAUUGUUGUAGAAUUGGUGUGGGAAGGUGAGGUGGGGAAAAAAUCUGUGCCAGCUGAAAUGAAGCAUCAUCUCUGCAUGCCAGUUUGUGUGUAGUAUAAUGACCUAUGGUGGGCAGUCUUCAGAAUCUACGCAGUCACUCAGAUGAAAAAUAUGCUCGGUGAGGACUCCCACUUUCUUGCUGUACUGACAGCUACAGUUCUGCUGUCUUAGGGUAGUGUUUUCUGUAUGUGUUCAUCUUCAGCAGCUCUCUGAGUUCAUUCACUCAGCUGUGUGAACUGCCUGCAGAUUGCACUGCAGUAAGAAACAAGGGAAAGCAUCAGUGGGCUUAUUACCUUGAUAGGAUACUUGCCUCAAAAGCCUGUAGUAUCUUAAUUGCUGCAGCAGUUGCUUCUGCUUUUUUUCUCUUAACAGCUUGUAACGAAUGUCUGCUUGCCUGUUUGAUAGCCUGUAGCCUUUACUGUUACACUCAAGGAGCAGAUGGUAGACUUCUCCAAGUGGAAGAGCUCUUCUGUACUUGUCUGAGGAGAUGGAGUAACUGGAAGAAGCAGUUUUCUGGUAAUAUGUUCCCUAACAUUAGGGAGCAAUGACUUGUUUGGCUACCAUAUGAAUUCUAGCUUUUUUCUUCUGUCCCAGAGGGCUUACCUAAAGAUAGUUCCUCAACAGGUCUGUCCAGAAUCUUUGGAGAGCAACAUUGUGCACAUUCCAAAUGUUUUAUGUGGUCAUGAGAUUUAACUAUUUGGUGGAGAUUGGACUCCAGAUUCUUAGGACUCUCUUUGGGAGGGUAACAUGUAAAUAAGGAAGAUUCUUGCUUGUGUUCCUCUGUCUUAAACAUGUUGUGUAUUUUUGGAAUAAGGUUCUUGCAGAAUCUUUGUUCUGAUUAUAGAAACUAGAAAUAAAUCAAUACAUGGAA